AUGCAAAUAAAGCUUGAGGAGGCUCUUCAGCAGGAGUAUGAUGGAUAUUUGAAUAACUGCAAAGACAUUUCAUGCAAUGCAGGGCUUAAUAACUCUACAAUAUGUUUUGUACCGAAUCAACACGAUCUGUCUGGAGAGAAAGUUGAAGUGUUUAAUAUUGAUCUUACAGCUGAUGAGAUGUGCCUGGUUGAUGGGUACUUCUUAUUGUACAGAAACGGAGCCAUCAGAAUAUAUAGAUAUGACACGAAAUUUAAAUGUGUAAAGGUCAGAAAGAUAGAGUCGCAUCUCUUGAUUUUCCUAAUAAAACGAGGAAGGAUAAACAAGCAAUGUAGGUUUCUAUUUUACAAUGUGCUCUUGAAUUUGAUUAAAAGCAAUGAAAAGAAGUAUGAUCAGAAACUGAAUGAUAUUAUGUGCAGCAUGUGUGUUGACUGGAUUACAAGCAUAAAGUUUGGUAUGAAUGGAGAGAUUUUGUGUGUAUACAGGAAUAGAGAGAGCAGAGUGUUCAAUGCAAAACUGCAGGUCAUAUCGUCUACAGGAUUUUCAUUUGUAAAGGAUUCGAAUGUUGUUGAGAGCAGAGAGCAGACAGUAACUGUAAAAAAGAAUGGAUUAGAAAUAACUCGCAAAGACAGAUCGUUCAAGAAUGUACUAGCGAUUAAUGAAAUAAAGCAGCAUUCUGCAAUAGCAGAUAUUCUUUUUCUGCUCACCAAUAAUGGCAUAAAGGCGUUGAGAUUUGGAAAGUAA